UCGCCCUUGAAGAGCCAAACCUUCUAAACUGGAACGGUACAAAACAUAUGUUGGAUUAUUUUAUUUCAUAAUGUGAUAAUAUUUGAAAGAUUGAAAUCGUUAUCGUAAAUACUUUCGGCUGUGAUUUAGACUACAAAUACAGAUUAAUGGCAACUUGAGCUUUUCCAAAAGGAAAGAACCAUCCCGCUUCUCCAGAAUGUGUGACCCAAAAGAGACGUGCCUGGAACGGAGAUUCAUGCUGCUUCUGUGUGUUUUGGCUGUUAUAAUGCACAGAAUCAGUGCGUGCCCCAAAUCAUGUGCCUGUUACACUCCGACGGAGGUGCACUGCACAUUCAGAUACCUGAGCGAAAUCCCCCGGGACAUUCAAGCGGCUGUUGAAAGAAUUAACCUGGGGUACAACAGUUUAACAACACUUAAAGUUAAUGACCUCUCUGGACUGAAACAUCUGGAACUAUUAAUGCUUCACAGUAACAUCAUCAAGAUUAUUGAGGACAGCUCAUUCCAUGAUCUCACGUCCCUGCAGGUUCUGAAAAUUAGUUAUAACAGAGUUGAGAAUCUCAGAAAAGAUACAUUUAAAGGCCUGGACAAUCUUGUACGUCUGCAUAUGGACCAUAAUCACAUUACCUUCAUUCAUCCAGAGAGUUUUUAUGGAUUAAAAAUGCUGCAGUUGAUCAACCUUGAGGGAAACCUGCUCCAACAGCUUCAUCCAGAUACAUUUAUUUCACUGCGGUACAGCCAGAUUUUCAAAUGGUCAUCUCUCAAGAACAUUUACCUGUCAGACAAUGAAUUCACCACAUUGCCUGCAACAGUGUUUGCUGGCUGCAAUAAACUAGAGAAUCUCUUCCUCAGUGGAAACCCCUGGUCAUGUGAUUGUCGGAUGGGUUGGUUUGCUGAGUGGACACAGAAAAACCCUGGUGUUCUGAAAUGCAAAAGAGACAGGAAGACUGUCAGAGAACAGCUGUGCCCUGUUUGUGAAUUCCCAGUUUCCUCUAGCGGCAGCAGUAUUAUUCAUUUGUCAAAUGAUGGCUACACAUGCCUUAAGCCAUGGAUUCACCCUCACUUAAAACAGAGGAAUUUUACUUUGGGUGACAGUGACUAUACUUCAGUCUCUCCUAAGGAUUUUGUUGCACCCAUUGGUAUGCUGGAAAUUAACAUAACUGAUCAGUUCCACAAUGAUGCCAGUAUAACAUGUGUUGUACAGAGACCUACAAGAAUGGACAACCUAACUGUAACCUAUGGAGUCAAUAGAGAUGUUACUGCCCUGAGUGUGUAUGUGUCUACAUCACUGGUCUGCAACAUUGAUUAUGAUCAUAUAUGGCAGGUUUGGAACAUUUUGGCUUCCUAUAGUGAUUCCCCUAUGAGACUUGAGCGAGGGGUAUUACUUUCUUUGCAACCAGGCACAGUUUACACCUACAAGCAAGCAGUACCCACUGCAGAUGAAGUCUUCACAGAAAUUGAAGCAAAAAUCAAUGCCAAUCCUGCAUGGUUAAUGCAAGGUAUAGUUAACUUACAGAUGGACCGCAUUACAACAACAUUCCCGACCCUUAAUAUCAAGUAUUCAUCCAAUGUUCAAAUAAAUGUUGAUAGUAGUAACAAUAGCAGAGAUCAAUAUAGCUGGGCAAUGAUCAGAAAGGACAACCAGACCAAGACUGAACACUCAGUCCUUGCUGGUGUAUCAGUGGAACUGAACUGCCAGACCUUUGGGGAUCCUAAUCCCAUCGUAGAGUGGAUUCUACCAGAUAGAAGCAAAGUACGAGCACCAUACAAAAGUGAGGACCAAAGGAUUGCAGUAAAUACUAAAGGGAGGCUUACAUUAAAAUAUACUGAAAUCACAGAUACCGGUGUAUAUCAUUGCAUUGCCACUAACUACCUGGAUGCAGACAUUCUUGCUUUCAGGGUCACUGUUUUGUCACCGGAUAUCAAAGAAGAAGAAGUAAAUGGGGUCCAAAUCUCACACAUCCUUGGUCAGACCUUACUUCUUGACUGCACAUCAUCUAGCAGCCCGCAAGCUUUCAUUCAGUGGAUACUUCCUGACCACACAGUUUUAGACAAAUCUUAUGGAAACAGGAAGCUUUUCAAAAAUGGUACUUUGGUAAUACAUGGACUGACAUCCCGAGACACAGGAUUUUACAGGUGCUUAGCUGCAAAUUAUAUAGGAACAGAUUUGCUAUCUUCUCAAGUAACUGUUAAUGAUCAUUUCUCAAAUAGCACAAAUACAGCUGACAUAAAGCAGUCUGGUGAUGAUGUUGUGAAAAUUAUAGAUGAUAGCCAGAAACAUCAUAGCAGAGAUCUCCCUCACAGAGUUAGUGAGGAAUCGAGGAGCAUUACAUCAGACAGACUGUACAAUUGGUUUCAGCCCCGAUUUCAUAAGGUUCCCACUGGCAGAAGAGGAAAUGGAAGACGCACUGGAUGGCCAAAAAGAGUCUAUAAUAAACAGUUCAGGAAAGUUGAUGCUGAAAGAUUUGCCACUUUCAUCAAGAGGUCUCAAAAUAAAGGAAGAUAUGAGGAUGGGAUAGUAAGUUUGUCUGAGAAGUCCAAAGCUCUUAAAGGACUCUCUGAUGACAUGGAUACAACCUCAGGGGAUGGUAUAUCUGAAGAUGAAUUAAUUGUUGUGACAACUACCCAAAUACUUGACCAUAAACCGGUUAGCACAAUUAAAACAAGAGAUAUUGGAAUUUCAAAGACAAAUAACAAAAAGGUAAACAGUGCUUUCAGGAAAGUAAAAACUGAUCAUGUAAGUAACAUCUUGAGAAAACAAGAGAAAUCAAAUUUGGUUACAGCCACAUCAUACUCUUACUCUCAAACUCAGACACAUGCCACCCCAGUAAUGGCCAGUUACACUCCAAGUAAGUAUGGAAUUCAAAGAGAUGAGACAACCUUGAACACAACCAACUCAGGUUAUGUGAUAAGCCAUAGUGAUGGUGAAAGCCACAUAUAUGACAGAGGAACAAAUAGAUCCUCUGGGCAAGCCGUUACUCUCAGACUUACUCUAAAAGAAGUUGCAGAUAAGAUGGAGCUUCUGUUCUCUGGGGACUCAGAAGAGGUUGCAACUGUAGCAACACCAUUAUACAACAUCCAGAACUCAAGUGGAACCCAUUUGGAACCUGAGAGUCAGACCAUAUUUACAGCAGUCACCACAACCGAGAGAGAGCAAGACAAGAUCACCUUUCACACUACUCAACUAAUCAAUUCACCUCAUCUCCUUCCUGGGUCCACCUUCAUUUCAAAACACCAGAUCCAAAUCGUUGCCUCUAAAAAGCAGUCAGGAAAGAGACGUAACUUUCAUGGCAGACGCAGGAUCAUUCGACCCAGUAAAAUUACAGACAUACAAUCUUUACUAGAAAAAUUUAAACAUCGCUCUGGAAACAACGAGUACAAUCUCACUUUUCCACACACUGCGGACAAUAUCACAGAAUGUGGUGACAGAAAAAAAAUUACAACUGAAGUGUCUACAGAGAAAUGCAAAACAACAGUGGAUCAAAGCCUGAUCAACACUACGGCUAGAUAUCACAUGACAAUUUUCUUUUCGAGAGUGACAGAAAAACCUGCCAUGGCAUACACUGUAACUGAUUCACAGAUGUCACAAACAACGGUGCCCUCUAUGCCCGAAGAGUCAAAGGAUUAUAAAGAUUCUGUUGAACUAACCAAAGAUGCUAUUAUGUACCUCUCAACUCCUAUUACAACUACAACCACAAAGACUUCAACAAUCACACAUGGGAAGAUUUCACAGUUCGGCCGCAAAUGGGAUAAGAGAGAAUUUCUCAGCAGACUUCAAAAUCAAUUUACACCAUCCACUGCAGAGGAACAGAGGAACACGGCAUUCACAACCACAGCAGAACCUGACAGAGCAACAACUGCAGUACCUACUAAAAAAUUGCAGCUUCCACAAACAAUUGCCUUUCCUUCAAUUACAAUAGAAAAUGACACUCCAGAGAAAUCAUUUGAUGACUCAUCAGGCUCUUCCACAUUUACAGAAUCAGAUUCAUCUUACAAAGACAUAACCCUAUCACCAACAUUGUUCUCAACAUUUCCAGCUUUCAAUGAGCCAUCCAUAACCAAAGAGUCUGAUCCAGUUUCAGGUACACUACCAGCCCCUACAACAAGGAGAACUGAACUAAAGAAAGACAAUGUUCAGGAAAGAUUUUCCGGUUCUCAAACAGGAUUAUGGCAAAAUCAAAAGCCUGGUUUUCGCAGACAAGACCUCAAGGGGCGAGGACUGGCAAGAAAAACAACCACACAAUCGUCAACCAUCACAGUGACUAAAAUUGCAGGCAGAUCUUCAACCAAAAUAUCCCCUACUAUAGCAUCACAAACUAAACACAGAGCUGUAUCAUUAAGACCUUUGAAUACACCCUUCAAAGAAUCAGAGACAUCUCCAUCAACUGUGACCUCUCAACCCACUACACCUAACAUAAAACCUACAGUCAUUAGACCACAAACUACACCACAAUAUCAAAUCCAGAGUAAAGCCAACAGAGUCAGAGUGAACAGUAAUACAAGACUUACCCCAGAAAGAGGAAUAUAUACAACACAGAGACCUGUGAUAAGAGUUAAGCCAACUGUAUAUGAACAAAAACACGUGGACUGUUUUGAUUGUCUUAAGCCAAAUGCCCCAUCUGGCAUACCUUAUGGCAAAUCUAAGGAGAGCACAGUCACAGAAACAAUUAUUGUUCAAUCAGCAGAACGAAACUAUCUGUUCACUCAAUCUCCACACAGUACUGAAAUUGGCAAUGUGAAUGAGUAUGAUCACUCAACAAUGUAUGACACCUCUAUCAUUGACUUCGACCCGUCAUCUGUUACGGAUAUAAUUUCCAAGCCAAGGAUUAUUGGUGGAAAAGCUGCCAGUUUCACUGUUCUGUCAAACUCUGAUGCUUUCCUUCCCUGCAAUGUGACUGGUCAUCCUAAACCCACCAUCAGCUGGAGCCGAUUUCCAUCUACCACAGGUAGUAUGUUGACCUUCAAGGGUAAAAUGGGUAAAUUUGAGGUUUUGAAGAAUGGAACAUUGUCCAUCCAUAGAGCAAAUAUUAAAGACCAUGGACAGUACAUAUGUUUGGCCGAGAAUGAGUAUGGGUCUGACAAGCUUGUGGUUAUGUUGUCAGUUGUGGCUUAUCCCACUCGAAUACUGGAGCCAAAGAUGAGAGAACUCAAGGUUCUUGCUGGGAAAACGGUGCACAUGGAAUGCAAGACAGAGGGCAGACCAGUGCCAAUUGUGUCAUGGAUUCUACCCAAUCGCACUGAGGUUACAGGUCCAGGCACCAAGCAUGGUAGAGUAAUAGUAACCUCAAUGGGGACACUAACCAUACAAGAUGUGUCAGUUUUUGAUCGAGGACAUUAUAAGUGUAUUGCAAGCAAUCCAGCCAGUACUGACACCAUUACUGUGCGUCUUCAGGUGGUAGCAGCACCCCCUGUAAUACUGGAGGAGAAACAACAGCUAGUGAGAACAGAUGUUGGGCAGAGUCUUUUGUUACCCUGCACCACUCAUGGUGACCCCAAACCCACUACACACUGGGUCUUACAUGAUGGUACUAUUGUAUGGCCUCUAACUUACUCACACACUAAAGUAUCCGUAUAUUUAAAUGGUACACUUUACCUGAGAAACCUAGCAGUAACUGAAAGUGGAAAAUAUGAGUGCAUUGCAACAAGCUCCACUGGAUCUGAGCGGCGUGUGGUCACACUUUCUGUGAGGAGGACAGAAACUGCCCCUAAAAUCAUUGAGACGUCACAACGGAAAAUUGAUUUAGUGUAUGGUGCUCACCUUCAGCUAAACUGCUCUGCAAUUGGGAACCCAAAACCUCAAAUCAUUUGGAGGCUUCCUUCCAAGGCUCUCGUGGACCAAUCGCACAGAAUGGGUAGCCGUAUGAAGGUCCUCGACAAUGGCACUCUCAUCAUUGAGUCGAUCAAUGAGAAAGACGCUGGGGACUUCCUGUGCGUUGCACGCAGUACAGCUGGGGAUGAUUUACAACUCAUGAAGGUGUCUGUGUCUAUGAAGGCAGCUCAGAUCGAACCAAAGGUCUUUAGCAAGAAACAAGUGCCGUAUGGCAAUGACCUAAAGGUGGACUGUGUGGCCGCUGGUGUCCCCAGGCCAGAGAUAUCUUGGGGUCUUCCUGAUGGUACCUUAGUAAACAGUGCUCCCCAAGCAGAUGGAACAGGAGGAGAAGAGUCCAGGCGGUACAUCCUGUUUAAUAAUGGAACACUGUACCUGAAUAAAGUUGGGAUUGACGAAGAGGGCGACUACACGUGUUAUGCAGAAAACCAACUUGGUAAAGACAAGAUGCACGUUCACAUAUCUGUGGUAACUGCAGUCCCUCGCAUUCAGCCUCCAAACCUUACCUAUGCCAAAGUAAAGCCAGGUGCAAACAUUCGCUUUGACUGUAAAGCUAUUGGUGAGCCCAAGCCAAAGGUAAUUUGGAUGCUGCCAUCUAAAGAUAUGAUUGCUGCAUCUAGUGAGGGUUACUUAGUUCAUGCCAAUGGAUCUCUUGAUAUACGGAAUGUAAAAUUAUCGGAUGCUGGAGAGUAUAUCUGCAUGGCUCGCAAUACUGCAGGUGAGAAGAAUAAAGUCUAUAAACUUGAUAUCGAUGGAAACCCACCAAUUAUCAAUGGCUUCAACCAAAAUAGAACUGUGAUUAAAGAUACUGCACUCAAGUACACUAGAAAGCUAAUAGACUGCAAGACUGAAGGGGAUCCUCCACCAAAGAUCACAUGGAUCAUGCCUGACAAUAUAUUCCUUACAGCCCCAUAUUAUGGGAGCAGAAUUAAUGUCCAUACAAAUGGGACACUAGAGAUCCGUAAUGUCCGGCCAUCGGAUACAGCUGAAUUUAUCUGUAUGGCACAGAAUGAUGGAGGUGAGGCAGUCAUGUUGGUUCAACUAGAGGUAACUGACAUGCAAAUGAGGCCCAUUUUUAAAAACCCCUUUAAUGAGAGAGUGGUGACUCGGGUGGGGAGAACUGCUAUGUUGAACUGUUCAGCCGAUGGGCAACCCACCCCAGAGAUCAUAUGGACGCUACCAAAUAAAACCCAAAUCAGUGGAGGCCUUGACAAGGGCUCAAGGUAUCACCUGGGUAAAGAUGGCAACUUUGUUAUUUAUAACUCCAGCAAAGAGGAUGCAGGUAAAUAUCGAUGUGCUGCAAAAAACAAGGUGGGCUACAUCGAAAAGCUGAUGGUUCUUGAGGUGAUUCAGAAGCCUUAUAUUCUGACACGCCCAAAGGGGCUUAUUCGCAGUGUUUCUGGGGAGGCCCUCUUCCUACACUGCCUGAUUGAUGAAACCCAGGCCAGAAUUUCCUGGACCAUGCCAGGAGGUCAUGUUCUUACACGUCCACAGGUGAGUGGACGCUACCAUUUAAUGGAAAACGGGACACUUAUUAUACACAGGACAACCAUUCAUGAUCGCGGGAGCUAUGUUUGUCAAGCAAAAAACGAUGCCGGAGAGGCCAUUCUUACAGUGCCGGUCGUGAUUAUUGCAUUUCCACCCCGGAUCACUAUUGGGCCUCCUCUAAGAGUGAGAGGACUUACGGGAGUUCCCAUCCAUCUCAAAUGUGUUGCUAAUGGAAUACCUAAACCAGCGAUAACCUGGGAGCUGCCAGAUCGCUCUGUUCUGUCUGCGACUGGAAAGGGACAACUGAGAAGCAGUGAGCUGCUUCAUUCACAAGGGACUCUAAUAAUUCAGAAUCCCACCAGAGCAGAUUUGGGUAAUUAUAAGUGCACAGCUGUUAAUUACCUGGGCAGAGAUACCAGAAUAACAUACAUGACAAUAAUAUAAGAUAGGUUAGUAGGGUGAUAAUACAGUAUGCUCCACAUGAAACAAACCUGCUGUUGGAUGCAAAACUUUUAUUUAGCCUAGAAGACAUAACUUUACAACUGAGGGUCAGCUCUUUUGGAAAGUCUUGGAUUAUUGAAUUAGGUUGCUUAGGUCUGCCAGGUAGUAGAAAUGACUAAUACAUGUCCUGGAUAAUUAUGCUGCUUGGGAGGAAAACAAAGAAAUGUUAGGAGUUCAGUCUUGGAAAUGACCUUUGAGAAAUUACCUAUAACUGUUUUACAUCAGUUCUCCAGGCCAAAUUUGUUUUCCAUAUUAAAUCACAAAAUGUAAUUCUAAUAUUUUAAUAUAAUACUUUAUAGAAUAUCAUUAUAUAUUAUGAUAUUGGGUCAGUCUAAAUUAACAAAUUAUGCACAGAAUAAGUUUUCAAUCAGAAACAAGAUUCAGUGUUCAGUGUUCAAAUUGCAAGAAGGAAUAACAAAUGCGUAACUGUUAUAUUAGAGUAAUUGAAAACUAUGAGCAUAAAUAGUAGGGAAAAAUUUUUGACCUUGUGAUUGAGCCUCUGAAUCAAUCAUUUGUCUAUAAACCAUAACAAAAUUUAGAUUUUAAACUGUCCCAUGGUUUGAAUGUUAAAUUAUCAUGUUAUUAUUUUGGUUUGUCUAUUUAUCACUUUUGUUUAU